AUGCAACGUAGUGCAUCCCAGUCCGGCCUAUAUUUCAUUUUGAUAGGAAACAUACCGUGGAAAUGCAAAUGGCAAGAUCUCAAGGACUUGGUGCGCGAGUACAGCAUGGCAGUCGAGCACGUUGAGAUCUAUGUCACCCCGGACGGUCGCUCGAGGGGAUUCGGCUAUGUUCGUGUAAAGGGAAGGGAGGAGGCGAUGAAGGUUCUCCAACUCGAUGGCCGCGAGUGGGAAGGUCGUGCGUUGAUAACCAUGUUGGGCAACGAGCAUGAUGUUUGUCCUACUGGCGCUGGCCGGAAGCUCAACGAGGAGCCAGCGACUUCGAGGAUGUCCACCCCGCCCUUGUUGGAGCAACUCUCGCCUCCACCUUAUGGUCCCCCUCAUAGCCAGCCGUAUCCCCAGAUGCAGCCAUUUCCUCAGGCGCAGCCGUAUCUCCAAGCUGUUGGAUGCGGGGCAUGGGCGACGUUCCAAGACGUCUAUCAGACACCGCCGACCCCUCAACCCACCUUUCACGACGAGAGUCUAUACGGCGGAAACUUCAUGCCCACCCUGCAUCAUUCGUUUCAAGUCGGACCGGCCAUGGCCGAGUACUAUAACCCGCCGUUUUACGGGUCGAUCUUCCGAUACGACUGCCCGCCAGCGCCGCCGCCGCCGCCUCCUGGGCCUCCAGGCACAUUUCCCGUCCACAUCGAUCAUUCGAAGCCUUGGGUGCCACCCACCCCCCACACCGUCACACCAAUAUCCGGCGGACUGCCAAUCAACCUCGCUCAUGGGGCAGUUGUGACUGAGCCUCGCGGCAUCCACGUGAGGAACCUGAAGUAUGACGUCACGUGGAGGGAGCUGCGCGACCACCUCGCUGAAGCCGGCACCAUCGUGCGCUGCGAAGUUCCCAAAGGCUCCAACGGGAAGGGGAAGGGUUACGGGACCGUGUUGUUCAAGACACAGCAGGAGGCGGAGCGUUGCCUGGAGCUGUUCAAGGGUUCCACUCUGAAGGGCCGCGAGAUUGUCAUGCGUCGUGACAAAUAUGCCACCCGGAAACAGGCGGUGGACAGUGAACAAGGGGUAUAG